GACUCAUGCCUUAAGCACGAUUACUUUGAGUCAUUUCCUUUCCUUUUCUUCCAUUUUCUCAGACGCCCAGCAGCCUUCAGUUCUGGGCUGAUGGCUGGUAAAGUGAGGGCGUACUGCAAGGUUGUGCGUUUGGGUAAGCUUUUGUGAAGAACUCUGCUGUAUUCAGUACAAAAAUCCUCCCCUCCUGACUGCAUUACUACCAAUCAGGUUGGCCUCUGAUUCCAGAGGUAAACCUUCCAAUUGAAGAGUAUCAGAUAAGUAACUUUAUGAAUUUUGGAGAACGAUGGACAAUUUAUUCUUCUAUGUGCACAUGUGUGAUAUAUUCAUAUGUAGUGUGUAAACAUAAAUUGAAAUGUGGGGAGACAUACAGAGCAAAACAGUAAGGUAAACAGACUACCAGGUGUGGCUACUGGGCUUAUGGUUUUCAUGCAACCGAUUUUUUCAGGACUGUUAGAACUGUACCUGCUUAAAUGUGAGGAACUAGAUGAAGAGGAAGUCAGAAUUGCAAGAAUUAGAAGUCAGGAAUUAGAGACCCUGUGGCUUAGUUAAAGAAGAGUGGGUCGAGCCUUCCACCUAUUUGGAUCUCCUCGCCUAUAAGUAGUCCAACUUUCAAAGGUUUACUCAUAUGGCAGAAUGUAAACUAAUUAGUUACUUACUUUUUUAUGGUUUGAUGCUUCAGUGUAAGAUGUAAAAAUAGGUGGAAUUGGACUUACUAAGAAGUGCUGGUGAGAGGACAGAAAGCGCUGUAAUAAAAUGUGUGCUAUAGAAGAUAUAGGAUUCUUGUCACCAAGCACAUAUAAAAGGAUGUGGUAAGGUAGUGCUGAAGUUCAUAAUCCAAAUUUAUUUUGCCAUGCCCUUUCAAUCUGGACAGAUAACCUUUCUAAAUAAAUGCUUUAGUUAAUCAGCAGGAACUGAAGGUAUAAGACUGUACUCACAUAUUCUGGUAUACAUGUUUUCUUUUUUUGGAGGUGAACUGCUUGGUUAUAGAAUGUAUGUAGUUUUGAAUGUGCAUCCUAGCCUCCUGAGCCUCACUCUUCUCUUUUACCAGACUGCAAUAAAUGUGUCUUUGUUCCCCAAAUAUGUAGUGCCCUGUCCUGACUUCAGGCCUUUGCAUGAACUUUUGUUGGGUGUAGCCCACUGCUUGUCUUCCCUUUUUAAGCACAGAGUGUCCAACCUUUUAGUGGCCAUAUGUGAACUUUCUCGCCUGUUGGAUGAACUCUCGGAGGUAGGAAUCUCAUAGCCUUGGGCACCCUGGCCUCUGAUGGUGCCUCCUCAUGGCAAGCACUUAGUAAAUGCUGAAUAAAUGGGCGUAUAACUUAGGAUAAACAAACAGUCCAUUUUAAUUCCAGUAUCUGGCCUGUCAUGUUGGAGCAGAAAGGAACCCUCUAGAAGAAACGGAGUAUGAGAAGUAAGGGGGUGCCCUAAGUUCGCCGUGCUUUCACUGGGGAGCUAAGACCGUUUUUGCCAGUGUUCUAAGAACGGAAGCAUCUGGGCUGAAUGGAAUUUAGCAUCAAAAAAAAUCCUCUUUCUGUUCAGAAAGUUGUAAAGUGCAUAAAGAUGAAGCAGGCACCAGAAAUCCUUGGCAAUACAAAUGGAAAGACACAGAACUGUGAAGUGAAUCGCGAAUGUUCUGUAUUCCUCAGCAAAGCCCAACUUUCUACCAGUCUACAGGAGGGGGUCAUGCAGAAAUUUAAUGGUCACGAUGCACUUCCUUUUAUUCCAACUGAGAAGCUGAAAGAUCUAACUUCUCGUGUGUUUAAUGGAGAACCCGGUGCUCAUGAUGCCAGAUUGCGUUUUGAGUCCCAGGAAAUGAAAGGAAUUGGGACACCACCUAACACUACCCCUAUCAAAAAUGGCUCUCCAGAAAUUAAGCUGAAAAUCACCAAAACAUACAUGAAUGGGAAACCUCUCUUUGAAUCUUCCAUUUGUGGUGAUGGUGCUGCUACUGUGUCCCAGUCAGAAGAAAAUGGACAAAAACCAGAAAAUAAGGCAAGAAGGAACAGGAAGAGAAGCAUAAAAUAUGACUCCUUGCUGGAGCAGGGCCUUGUGGAAGCAGCUCUGGUGUCCAAGAUCUCGGGUCCCUCAGAUAAAAAGAUUCCAGCUAAGAAAGAGUCCUGUCCAAGUACCGGCAAAGACAAAGACCACCUGUUGAAAUAUAAUGUUGGUGAUUUGGUGUGGUCCAAAGUGUCCGGUUACCCUUGGUGGCCAUGCAUGGUUUCUGCCGAUCCACUCCUUCACAGCUAUACCAAACUUAAAGGUCAGAAAAAGAGUGCACGCCAGUAUCACGUACAGUUCUUUGGUGAUGCCCCAGAAAGAGCUUGGAUAUUUGAGAAGAGCCUUGUAACUUUUGAAGGAGAAGGACAGUUUGAAAAAUUAUGCCAGGAAAGUGCCAAGCAGGCACCCACGAAAGCUGAGAAAAUUAAGCUGUUGAAGCCUAUUUCAGGGAAAUUGAGGGCCCAGUGGGAAAUGGGCAUCGUUCAAGCGGAAGAAGCUGCAAGCAUGUCCGUAGAGGAGCGGAAAGCCAAGUUCACCUUCCUCUACGUGGGGGACCAGCUUCGUCUCAACCCUCACGUAGCUAAGGAGGCAGGCAUUGCUGUGGAGUCUCUGGGAGAAAUGGUGGAAUCCUCAGGAGUCACUGAAGAAGCUGCUUAUAACUCCAAGCCCAUGAGAGAAGAGGGCAUUCCUAUCAAGAGAAGGCGGAGAGCCAAGCUGCCUAGCUCUGCUGAAAACCAAGAAAGUGACCCUGGGACAGUAAAGACUACUCCUCAAAAGACAGCAGAGGGUGACUCUAAGAGGGGAGUAGGAUCUCCUUCUGGGAGGAAGAAGGCCACAGCCUCCACUCCGCGGAGCAGGAAGGGAGAUGCGGCAUCCCAGUUUUUGGUCUUCUGUCAAAAGCACAGGGAUGAGGUUGUUGCUGAGCACCCAGAUGCCUCCAGUGAGGAGAUUGAAGAGUUGCUUGGAUCCCAGUGGAACAUGCUCAAUGAGAAACAGAAAGCGCGCUAUAACACAAAGUUUGCCCUAGUGGCCUCUUCCCAGUCUGAAGAAGACUCUGGUUCAUCAUUGAAGAGUUUUGGAGAGGCCAAACGUAAAGUGUUUCAAGACUCACCUAAAAGGAGACCGAGACCCAGAAGUAACUUAAAUGGGAAAAAAAGAAACCACACAAAGAGGACACAGGACCCAACAGAGGACGUUGAAGUUGAGGAUGCACCCAGGAAAAGACUCAGGACCGACAAGCAGGGUCUUCGGAAGAGAGAGAUGAUCACUGACAAAACAGCCCGAACAAGCUCUUGCAAGGCCAUAGAGGCAGCCUCCUCGCUGAAGAGCCAGGCAGCAACGAAACAUCUGUCUGACGCAUGCAAACCACUGAAGAAACGAAAUCGGGCUUCUGCAGCAGCGUCUUCAGCUCUUGCGUUUAGCAAAAGUUCAUCUCCUUCUGCAUCCUUAACUGAGAAUGAGGUAUCAGAUGGCCAGGGAGACGAGCCCUUGGAGUCCCCAUAUGAAAGUGCAGACGAAACGCAAACUGAAGUGUCCGUCUCGUCUAAAAAGUCUGAAAGAGGAGUAACUGCCAAGAAGGAGUACGUGUGUCAGCUGUGUGAGAAGACCGGCAGCCUCGUGCUCUGCGAAGGCCCCUGUUGCGGAGCUUUCCACCUUGCUUGCCUUGGGCUUUCCCGGAGACCAGAAGGGAGGUUCACCUGCAGCGAGUGUGCUUCAGGGAUUCACACGUGUUUCGUGUGUAAGGAGAACAAGACAGAUGUUAAGCGCUGUGUCGUAUCUCAGUGUGGAAAAUUUUACCAUGAAGCUUGUGUGAGAAAAUACCCUCUGACUGUGUUUGAAAGUCGAGGCUUUCGCUGCCCUCUCCACAGCUGUGUGAGCUGCCAUGCUUCGAACCCUUCAAACCCAAGACCGUCGAAAGGUAAAAUGAUGCGCUGUGUUCGCUGCCCCGUUGCCUAUCAUGGAGGGGACGCUUGUCUGGCAGCAGGCUGCUCGGUGAUCGCUUCCAACAGCAUAAUCUGCACGGGCCACUUCACUGCUCGGAAGGGGAAAAGGCAUCAUGCUCACGUCAAUGUGAGCUGGUGCUUUGUGUGCUCCAAAGGGGGAAGCCUUCUGUGCUGCGAGUCCUGCCCAGCAGCCUUCCACCCUGACUGCCUGAACAUCGAGAUGCCCGACGGCAGCUGGUUCUGCAAUGACUGCAGGGCCGGCAAGAAGCUCCACUUCCAAGAUAUUAUUUGGGUUAAACUUGGGAACUACAGAUGGUGGCCGGCAGAAGUUUGCCAUCCCAAAAAUGUUCCCCCAAAUAUUCAGAAAAUGAAGCACGAGAUUGGAGAAUUCCCUGUGUUUUUCUUUGGGUCUAAAGAUUAUUACUGGACACAUCAGGCGCGAGUGUUCCCGUACAUGGAGGGGGACCGGGGCAGCCGCUACCAGGGGGUCAGAGGGAUCGGAAGAGUCUUCAAAAACGCGCUACAAGAAGCCGAAGCUCGUUUUCGUGAAAUCAAACUCCAAAGGGAAGCCAGAGAGACACAGGAGAAUGAGCGCAAGCCCCCGCCCUACAAGCAUAUUAAGGUGAAUAAGCCUUACGGGAAAGUCCAGAUCUAUACAGCUGAUAUUUCCGAAAUCCCGAAGUGCAACUGUAAGCCCACAGAUGAGAAUCCCUGUGGCUUUGAUUCGGAGUGUUUGAACAGGAUGCUGAUGUUUGAGUGCCACCCGCAGGUGUGUCCUGCAGGAGAGUACUGCCAGAACCAGUGUUUCACCAAGCGCCAGUACCCUGAGACCAAGAUCAUCAAGACAGACGGCAAAGGAUGGGGCCUGGUCGCCAAGAGGGACAUUAGAAAGGGAGAAUUUGUGAAUGAGUAUGUUGGUGAGCUGAUAGACGAAGAGGAGUGUAUGGCAAGAAUCAAAUAUGCACAUGAGAACGACAUCACUCACUUUUACAUGCUCACUAUAGACAAGGACCGGAUAAUUGAUGCUGGCCCCAAAGGAAACUAUUCCCGAUUUAUGAAUCAUAGCUGCCAGCCCAACUGUGAGACCCUCAAGUGGACAGUGAACGGUGACACUCGCGUGGGCCUGUUUGCUGUCUGUGACAUUCCUGCAGGGACGGAGCUGACUUUUAACUACAACCUUGAUUGUUUGGGUAAUGAAAAAACAGUCUGUCGGUGCGGAGCCUCCAACUGCAGCGGGUUCCUCGGGGAUAGACCAAAGACCUCAACAUCCCUUUCUUCAGAGGAGAAGGGCAAAAAGACCAAGAAAAAAACCCGGAGGCGUAGAACAAAAGGUGAAGGAAAGAAGAAGUCUGAGGAUGAGUGCUUCCGCUGUGGCGACGGGGGCCAGCUGGUGCUGUGUGACCGCAAGUUCUGCACCAAGGCCUACCACCUGUCAUGCCUGGGCCUGGGCAAGCGGCCCUUCGGGAAAUGGGAAUGUCCUUGGCAUCAUUGUGACGUGUGUGGCAAGCCUUCUACUUCAUUUUGCCACUUUUGUCCCAAUUCGUUUUGCAAGGAACACCAAGAUGGGACAGCCUUCAGCUCUACCCAGGAUGGGCGGUCAUACUGCUGUGAGCAUGACUUGGGGGCAGAGUCAGUUAGAAGUGCCAAGACUGAGAAACCCUUUCCAGAACCCAUGAAGUCAAAGGGGAAGAGGAAGAAAAGGAGGUGUUGGCGGAGGGUCACCGAAGGCAAAUAGCGCCAGGUGGUGGCUUGGCCAGAUCCAGAGGCGACGUUGGGCGGCCAGCCCGCCUUGUGGGUAGAGGGCCGAGUGUGGGACUGGCCCAAAGGACCCAGCUCGAAGCCACCACAGACAGAGUAUAGGCCUCCUAGGGAGGGAGCGUCUUCCCCACCACUGAGCCAUCCUCAGCAGCGCCUGCUGCCUCUGCACUGACGACCUGUCUGAGCCACAUGGUUCGGAAGGUUCCAGGACAAACAAGCCUUACUACACAGCAUUACAGCUACACUUGAAUUUCUAAGAAUGUCAAGGUUCCCUCCCACUCUAUUUUUUUAGGAUAAAGUUAUGAUUGAAAUUUAAUUGGCAUAUGAAAUGUUUUUAUCUCACCCGAAAUGUAUAGAGUAGUAUUUUUUCUAAAGGAUCACUAUUAUCUCUUUAAUCUUAACAACGUUACUCAGCCUGCUUACCUGUUGUCAUCACUCAGGAGAGACCAGGGUGGGGCCUGGGCAAGGACUCAGACCCUGAAUUCCUUGGAAACCAUAAUUUUGAUCAUUAUUUUGCUCUUAUGAAACAGCUGUAUGAUUUUUUUUAUACUAAUGUGAAAUUUUUCCUCAAAAUGCUUCUCUUCCAUCCUAGUGAGAAGGCGGCCCUGGGCAGUGUGAUAGUGAUAGUGUUGUUGUAAGAGCUCCCCAGUAGGUUUUUUCUCCUUGUGGCUUUGAACUAAGUGCCGCUCUUGUGUGGGCCUUUAAAGGGUAGGGUCGUGUGGAGCAGCCUUUCCCAACGAGGCUUGGUCCGGCGCUUCUCACCUGGGCCUGUCUCCUGAACACACUAGGUUCUUACCAACAUUUGGGGAAAGACUUUGUAUAUUUUUUUCCAUUUGGCUUUCCUUUAUCAGUUUCUGGCUUUAUUCUCAAUAUAUUUUUGCUAAACUUGUUUCACAAAUUACCACCGACUGAAAUGUGUAUUUACUGAUGCGACCCUGAGUUCUCACAGCAAAAGGAAUGAACUCGGUAGGGGUGUGGCCCCUGUGGUUAGUUUGUUUCAAGUGGUAACUUAGGGACGUGGUUUUGAACGCUGUGUUCUGCCCUCCCUGUAGCAGCGCAGGCGACGCUCCAGCAGCAGGGCACUGCUAGGGGCUCCCCCUCGGGACCCAGCGCACGUGGGAAACAGCAUUUCCAGAAAAUGUUCUUUUCAGGGUCUGAGGAGAGACCCAGAGUUUAGAACUAUUGCCAUAUGAAGUUAUUGCCAUUUCAUCACACUUUGUGGGUCUGUUCAUGGGAAACGUGACUUGUGCUGGUCAGAUGUGCUCAGCACCCCCGAGAAGCACUUGUCCUGGGGCUUGAGGGGUGCCGGGCACCACUGCCUGACGGGCAUGUGGGCAUCUGGUCUUGUGACAGCCAGGCCGACCCAUUCCCCUGUGAGAUUUCCGUUAACUUUUAGUUAUUAAAAGGCCCAGCCCAUAAAGUGAGGAACUUCUGGGAAGUACUAAGUUCUCUGUGGAAGACUGGAUCCUUCUUUCUUGGAGUUUCUCGAGCAUCCUGAGAAAAGGGGAGCAUCCUUCCAGGCACCCGUGUGCCCUCAGAGGGGCCUGCCCAUCUCCACAUGUGUGAUAAGAGGGAAGGGAACACUCAGCAGCAGGUGCUUUUUUCUGGCUUUUUCUUCAAACAACCUAAGAACAUCUAUUCUGCAGAAAAGUUUACACAACUAUUCUUGAAAACUGCUACUGAGGUCUUCUGUUCAUUUCUAUUGUUUUUGCCUUAUAGAAUUGCAGGAGGUACUUGGACCCAAGACCCCUGUUCACUACUUCUUGUGCUUUUGUGAUACGAGCUCUUGGGGGCUGUGGUCUCUGCCAGGCUGUGACCUGGGGACGAAUCUGCUUCAGGUGUGAGGCUCCCUGGGGCCUGAGGGGUCCACGUGUCCCCUGAGCACUGACGAGUAGGAGAGUUUUACUGACUGUGGCCGUCCCUUUGGCCCUUCUAUCAUGAUUCUGGAAAACAUAACCACACACAGGACCAAAGGAGAAACGAGAGCUCUGUCAUCAGGUGGCUGUCCUUACACGUGGGGCUCAGCCAUCCCUGGGAACGCACCUGCUGGUAAGACAUGGGAAGUGUGGAGAAUUUCAGUUUAGAACUCUGAUUUCUAUCAAACUGUCUUAAAGUACUGGAUUGAUUUAUGCUCCUUACGCCCUAAACUUGAGAGGGUGUUCCAGUGACGGGACCGGGCUGUGUUCCCACACCUGUGUUUUGGGUCUGGGCCCAAGGGGCACCUGAGGCCAGGCACAGGCACAGCUGCUGUGGGUCUGGCCCUGCUCUGUAGAGUAAAGGGCCUGGGCACUGGCCGAUGUUGUCACUUGUCCUUUCCUACCAGCUGAGGGACUUCUGCAUAAGUCAGAACAUCAGAAUUGGUUUUGCAGUGCACUUUGGGGAGAUUAACUUAUUUUUGUAUUGACAGUAGUAAAAUCUAGUGAUUUCUGAGUCACUUUGAGAUUAUUUCCAAAUUAUCUUAUGAUCUUUCUGAAGGAAAUACUGGAAAAAUUAUUUUAAAUAUGGUUGCCCUCUUUCCCAAAACUGUUAAACUAAUGAGCAAAUAACACUAACUUUGAAAUCUCUAGCAAACUAGUAAUGAAUCUGAGUACAACAAGGCUUUGGAGUAGCAGCCGACCUUGGAGGGCCUUCCUUCCCGUCGGGGCCGACAGGGUACAUGGCCAUCACUGCGGCCUUUACCUGGGGAAUCUGAGAGCUGCUUUGGGAGGGAUUUGGUCUUUCUGAACAUCAGUUUCAGUCCUUUGUCACUAAUGUGAAGCAGAAACAAAACAAAAACUGUCUGAACACCUCAGGAUUCCUCGGCCUCGGGAACUGACCAGGAUCUACACCUAAUCUGUGCCCACACACGUGUGAAGCUGUCUCUGCCUGUGCCAGCAAUGGCCUCUGGGAACGUGGGUGGCUCUCACGUUGUGCAGGUCACAGGGAUGUGUCUAAUUCAGCAGUUAUAAAAUGCGGCCACUGUAGGGAAACACGUCUGGCACCCACAGCAGUGGAAAGCACCAGUCUGUCCUGUCCUCCGAGGAUCUGUGUGGACACCAGCCUUGCCCUCGUUUCUCGGGCCCCACACACACUCAGGUCUGCGCUUCUGACGCCUUCCAAGUAUUUAUCUUGACACAUAAACCUUAAUGUGUAUAGUGCCCAUCUUCCAGAACUACCUUAUUUUCAGGAAUUAAAUAUAAGCCUGGUAUAAUGAAAGUUAAUGCAGAUGACUGUCAGUUGCCAAAUUCUUGAUCCUAUGAGAAGUGUAGUGUUUGAUGAAUGUUAGUCAAUAGAGUAAAAUGCUGUGUCUGUGGGCGUCAUGGUGUCCACCGUACCCUGGUGAGAUGUGAAAUGCCCUGUCAGAAAUUAAAUAUAAAUUUAAAUGUCCUUAUUGGUGUCUGAGCUUCAUACCAUAUGAGGUCAGGCUCCGUUUAGGAAUAUUGGGUGCUAUCACCAGUUUUGACAGACUUAAAAACUUGAAAUUCACUUCUAGGGGGAAUAUACUGAAAUGUAGAUUUGAGAACUGCCAGUUGGGAGAUAAUAGCAUUUAAAGUGAGAAGUUGUGUUUGGAAAAUUGUGUAUGAAUAUUUUUGUAUUAAAAAAAUUUUAAAGGCU